AUGAGCAGCAGCAGUGGCAGCGGCGAUGCUGGCGGUGGUGGCGGCGAGGAACAGGAUGUGGACGCACGCAUCGCAGACCUCGAAACAAAGCUGUUCCACAACGUGUACCAAUAUGAACUGCACUUGGAAUACAUCCAAUGUCUCAAAGCAAAGGGCAACUUCAUGAAGCUCAGGCAUGCGCGUGAACGCUUCAGCAAACACUUCCCUCUGUCCGAAGAUCUGUGGAUGCGGUGGAUCAAAGACGAGGAGUGCAUCGACACCUCGGUCCAGCAGCUGCAGUACCUCAAGGAGCUCUUUGACCGCGCUCACCUCGACUACCUCUGCCCCGACUUGUGGGUGGAGGAGAUUCGCUUCUUCUCGGAGCACUUGAAGGAGCGGAAUGCGUUUGGCACCAAGCCCGACGACGAUGAUGACGAGGAUGACAGCAGCGAUGAUGACGACGAUGACGAUGAUGAGGAGAUGGACGUGAAGGAGGACAAGAAGAAGAGCAAGACACUGGUGACAAUUCAGUUUGUCCGUGACAUUUGUGAGCAAGCGGUUGCGGCGUGUGCACAGCACUUCAACAAGAUAGGCGACGUGUUUGAUCAAUACGAACUCUUUGAGGUCUCCGUCCUCGAAUUCCUCGCAGGCCGCGGGGACAGCGAUGGCCUCGAGGAAGAGAAGCGGCGUAUCAGCUCUCUGCACCGCCGCCGCCUGAACAUUCCCCAGCGCAACGCUGGCACAGGCUGGCAGUCGUACCUGCAAUGGAUGACUGCGCAAGGGCUGGACACGGAAGAAAAGGCGGAGAAGCGAUUUCUGGCCGCACGCGAGCGCUCAAAGAAGUGCGAGGAGCUUGAGGCAACGCUCGCAACAGAGGAUGCAAGCGAGCGGCGCGCUGCGUAUCUGCGCUACAUCGACGAGGAGAAGAAGACGAGUGCAGAGCGCGCCGCAACCCUCUAUGAGCGCGCAGUCACAGCAUCGCCCCUCGACCCAGGCUUGUGGGCAGACUACCUCCUCUACCUGGCGACGACGGGCAAGGCGGCGACGAAGCAGCCGCUGUCGUCAGCAGCACCGCGACGCGCUGUGCGCAACUGCCCCUGGUCGAGUGCGCUGUGGAAACACCUGCUCGCCCACGAGGAGCGACGAGGAAGCGAGUACAACACCGUGAAGGGCGUAUUGGAGGAGGCACUGCAGAUGCCGUUUCAAGCGCCAGACGACUAUGUGCAGGUGUGGCUGGCGUUCUGCCAGUACUGCUUUCGGCGCACGCAGCUUGAAGGCGUUGCGCCGACACACGAGGGGGAGGACGCGCUCGAAACGUGGCGGCUCACCGUUGGCGGAGCAAAGGAGUACACCGAGCAGUAUCUCAGCAAGGAGACACCAGGAUACGCUUCCCUCUGCCUUUAUGAGGCGAAGACAGAGGCGCUUCGCUUUGACAAUCUGACGCGCGCACGCGAAGUCAUGGAGGACCUCGUGCGCACGGGUUCAUUCGGCAAGCAGCUUGCGACUUGGCUGCCCUUCUUCCACUUUGAGCGCAUCUCCAGUGGCAUCGACAGCGCGCGUGCCGUGCUGCGGCGCGCCGUGCAGUUUGUGCGCGACCAGCCCGAGGCCAUCGUGGACACAUACACGCGCUUUGAGGAGGAGAAUGGCAGCCUUGCUGAUGUGGACGAUGCGGCGAGGCGCUGCUACCAGGCCCUUCAACUCGCAGCCGCUGCCCGCGCAAAGGCCGAGAGCAAGCGGGGAAAGAAGGCACCGGCAGCGCAACAGCAGAACAAGCGGAAACAGCAGAGGGAGAAGGACAAACCGCGAGGGAAGCGGCGACAAGAGGAGCGAGGUGGCGCAACACCAGCAGACGAUGCGAGCAGGCACAACGCCGCGCACGCGCGCACCAAACACGAUGCGUCAUCGUCAGCAUCAGCACCAGGGACGAGAGCCGGUGAUGAUGACACGGGGGCCGGGCCAUCGAUGAAGCGCGCAAAGAUGGAUAGCCAGGCACCAGCGUCGGCACACGGGCACCAUGACGGUGACAACUACGGUGGUCAUGGUGAUGGUGAUGGUGAGCGGCGCGGGUUUGAUGUGGAGGCAGCGCAACGAACCGUCUUCGUCAAGAACCUCGACUUUGCCGUGGACGAAGACAUGCUGCAAAUGUUCUUCAAAGACUGCGGGGCCAUCCGGGACAUUCGUCUCGUGCGCAAGCCGUCUGGCCAAUCGAAAGGAUUUGCCUACAUCGAAUUUGAAGAGAAAUCGUCACUCGCGUUUGCGCUGAGCAAAGACCGGCAGUUCAUGAACGGUCGUCCUGUGCUCGUUGACCCAUGUGUUGACCGCAGCAAGACGGCCCUGCGGCCCAAACACCAGACGGGAUUUGACCCGCGCACCGUCUUUGUCAAGCGUCUCGACCACUCCUGUACAGAGCAGGACGUGCGCACCCUCUUUGAACAGUACGGUGCAGUGAAGGAGGUGCGCAUGGUGACGACGCUGGCAGGCAAACCGCGCGGAUUUGCAUAUGUUGAGUUUGAGGCGAGCCGUGACGCCGCCACAGCCAUCAUGAACCUUGACAAGGCAGAGUUCAAAGGCCGCCAGCUGCAAGUUGCACUGUCCAACCCGCCGUCCAAAGGGCAUGCAGGAGAGGGCGAGCGUGGACCGCCACAACGCGAUCACAGGGGACAAGGUGCAGCCACAGCCAUGGGAGGCAUGCAGCCCCGUGCACUUCGUGCAAGCCGGAAGCAAGGGCGCGGGCGUGGCGGACGCAUGACGCUCAUGACAUCCAGCGCCUCGGGCACCCGCGCUACACCCACCCCUGCGACUGCGACUACAACUUCAGCAACGUCUGCUGAGGGCGCCACCUCGACAACGACAACGACAGCUGGUGAUACUGCUGCUACUGCUGCUGCUGCCCCCAAACCCAAGUCCAACGCAGACUUCUUGGCCAUGAUGAUGCAGGGCAAGAAGAAAUGACGGGGGAUAUGGUCACACAUUGUGUGUGUGUCGAUGUGUGUGCAUGUGUUUGUGUUUGUGCAUCUGUGUGUUUAUCUGUGUGUGUGUGUGUGUGUAUGUGUGUUUGUGUGUCGGUUUACUCAUCGACAUCGUACACCAUUCCCAACGAAGGCAAUCAAGGC